AUGAUAGAGAUCCCCGAUUUAGAUGAGCUGUCUCCUUACCAGUAUGCGCUAGAUCAAUCUCAGGUGCAAAGAUCACAACAGCCACAACAACAACAACAAGCUCAUCACAUCCGCAACAUAAGUGAUAUUACCGGUGAUUAUCGUAGGAACACAGAAGACGAAUCUACCGAUAAUGUAUCCUCAGGAAUUAAAAAAUAUGCGUUGUAUGAAUCUCUGAAAGGUUCAAUGCCAGAUCAAGAAGAUGAAAAUUCAGAAGACCCACAUAUUCAAGACGAAAAUAGCCAGCAAUUUCGUCAAUUUCAAUAUCGGAAUGAAGCAUAUGGAGUUGGAGAUAGUGAUGUGCAUGCUCCACCAGUACCGAAUGCAAUUGUUUCAAGUAUCGAUAAUCUCUCAUAUGUGCCGGGUUUGAAUUCGUUGGCAUCGUUAGCAUUGUCCGAGGAAUCGAACGAUACUAAUACACAAAUAAUUGAAUACAAUACCGCUCAGCCGUUGUUUAUGAACCAAAUUAAUAUGACAGGUGCACCGACAAGUGAUACACCAAGAGUGCAUGUUGUUGAACAACAUAAUUCUGGCCAAGAGACUUUCAAAUUACAAGAUCCGCCAUUAAUUCACGACAAAUACAGCUUGAAAAAUGCAGAAAAUGAUCAAGAAGAAGACAAACUAGGAGAGUUAGAAUACAUUAAAAAGGGAGAUGCAAGCAAUUCUAAUUUAUCGUUAUCCCAACAAUUAGCAUCGCCCAUGUCCCAAUUCCCAAUUCAUGAUUAUACAAAGGAGUCACCACAGCUUCCACCACCAUUGUCAACUAUUACCAAUAAAAGGCUAACAUUAUCGAAUGGCGAAGAACUCAGUUAUAUGCGUAAGGAAUUAGCAACCUACCUGAAAACACCAGCGGAGUAUACAUUGCACAUAGUUUUCACUCAAUUCGUUCGCCAUGCUGAACGAAAAUUAAACUUGUGCCUUGAUUAUCCUUUGACGGAAGAGCCACCGGUAGUUGAAAUAUUGGCUGAAGGGGUAGAUCCCCAAUUUGAUAAAAUUGUAGCCUCUUUAGGUUACAUUGCGAGGAGAAAACCCAAACCUGUUAUUGAUAGUGUAAUGUUUUGGAGAAAAUCGAAAAGUGAAGUAGCUUCUAUGGCAGCGUCAGAAGUAGAAAAGAUUUUAUCUACUGCAAAAUCAAAUUUAUCUAAGGCACAGCAUAAUGAUAGCAUCUCCACAUCCAAUCCAGUUAUUAAUAAGAAUUCAAAUACGGGAAAUAAAGCUAAAAGAAGUUUAAGCUUAAUGAGAACAAAAAGUAUAUCUAAAAUGACAGGACAUUCUCGUAAUCAAUCUACAUCGUCGACAAUGUCUAACCAAACAACAUUGAAAUCGCCAGGCCUUACUCAAAGGAAGCUGCUUGAAUCUGUGCGUUUUAAACAAAGAAAUAUAUACGAUGACCAAAUAACUCAAGCACGAGAAACUGCUAUACAAGCUGAUCGUAAAUCAUUGGCUCUGAUUUAUAUAUUAUGCCGUGUUUUGAUUGAAGUUGUUAAACAAGCAUCUCCGGAAGUUAUGGGUAAUGACCUUGGUGAUAAAUUAGAAGAAAUCGUAUUUACUCAGUUGAAAACAACUGAUCCAACUAGUAAGAAUGAAUCUUUAGUAAGAUCUUCAAAUUGGAAUCUAUUUGCUGAAUUACUUGGCUAUAUGUCAGAAAAGAGAUUUCUUAGUGUAAGUGAUAGAUUUAUUGCAAACUUGGAGAGGAUACCACCUAGAAUAAAACAUGAAGAUGAGCCAAAAUUAUAUUUAUUGAUUCAAGGAAUGAGCUAUUUGAAGUUAACUAAUUAUCCUUUAGAGACGUUUGAAGAGAGUGCUGAAUUCAUACAAUCAUUGGCCAAGUUUUUCGAGAAAUCGAAUAAUGAAUCCAUAAUUUUUGCAUACUGCGAAGUGUUAAGCAACUUACUAUUACCUUUAGCGAGUAUAUUAACAGCAGAAACCAAUCAUCCAACAUGGGUCGAGGCGAUUGAAAAGAUAUAUAAUAAGGCUAGUUUCACAUGGAAGAAUGUGAAUAAGCCAAUUAAUUCAAAUAUAAUGGUUAAUAAGCUCAAGCUUAACAGCUCAUAUAAUGUUAUUAAUUUCAAUAAUAGCUGGGCUUAUUCGAUACAUUUGAUGACUUCAGCUUUAUCUGUAUCUCGGAAGGAAUUGUUCUCUGAUACAUGGUUUGAUAUAAUCGAGCAUAACAUGUUUAAAUUAAAACCAAAAGUUGAAACAAGCGACAGGUCUACCUUUAUUGUUUGCGUUGCUAGGUUGGUCUGGGUGUAUAUUUAUCGGUUAAAUGAUACGUUAAACAAUACUAUUAAGAAAUUAGACAACUUAUUCAAUUUGCUAUUUUUUAACAGCAACGCUACUAGUAAGAAACAGCAGUGGUUGGUAGCCGACAAAAAUUUAAUAAAUGCUUUAGUCGAAUUUAUUAGGAUUAUUGGUUUUCAACACUUGAAUUAUGUGUUGGAUAAUGUAUUAACAAAGUUGUUAAAGCUUAGUUUCAACGGAAUAUCGUUAGAAAAUGCAUAUCCAGAGAAGAUUAUAUUGGUAGUUAAAAGUUAUUUAACGAUUUUAGAAGAUUAUGAACAUGGAGAUAAGCCAUGUUUUCCUACAGAUGAUGUUUUCAACUCAUUGUCGGUUAAUCAAAACCAUAAUGCUUCGUCUACACUAAAGGCUGUCAAACUGAGAGAUAAAAGAUUCAAGUCUAAUGAAAUCAUGCUUAUUGCAAAGAAUUCAACUAAUGCUUUUUCUCAUGAAGAGAUAUGUCGAAAUCUUGCUGUACUUUUAAAGCUAUUGGAUGACCAAUACGGCUCCGACAUUUGGUCAUCAGAUAGCAGCUCACUGUCUACACCAUUAUCCUCUAGCUCGAAGUCACAAGCUACGUUUUCUGCAUUCCAUUUUGGGAUUGACUUUUCUUACCAGCCUACGAAAGACUUACAUAUGGAAUUAUUUGCAACAGUAAUAGAAGCCAUACUGUGGACACUUGUACCAUUUAAUGGUGAAAAAUCAUCGGCAUGCGGUUUACCAUUUAAAAAUGUGGUAGAUAUAUUAACCCGUAAUGUUGUUCAUGCAAAUCCUGUUGUGUCGAAAGCGGCUUUAGGAUCCUUAAAGAAAUUAGCGUCCAGAAAAAACCCUAAUAGUCUAAUUACUAUUUUUGCUAAAUUUGCCUUUCAAUUUAGUGAUAAACCAGGACCAAAUUAUAAUUCUGAUUAUUUGAAUUCGUCAGAGUCACACAAAUUAUUGAAAGUGUAUGUAGAUUUACUCAGUUGUUGGUUAAAACAAUUUAAUAAAAUUGAAGAGGACGAAGCAAGUAAGAAAUCAUCGAAUCCAUUGGCACAAGAUGACGAAUUGAUGAACAAAGACGUUUUGAAUGAUUUAUAUCAGAUCAACUAUAAAUCUGAGGAUUUGUCAAACUCUAACGUUGUUAAAGCUAAGCGGAGCGAUGAGCUAGAGUGGAAAACAAUUAUCACAGUUAUUGAAGAGAUUGAAGGAAAUGGACUAUUUUUCCUUUGUUCACAAGACCCACAAACAAGGCACUAUGGUAUUUCUAUCUUGAAAUUGGUGGAGCAAUUCGAUCAGGCAAUUUACAAUAUGUCUGAUACUGUUCAAAAGCAAAAUGAACCUGCCGGUGCCACAAGUAACACUAAUUUUGGACUGAGCAAAGGCCAUUCAAGAAGUUCCUCUAAGUUUGCAGCUGAUGUGGGUACACGGUUGAUUCAUGUAUUGGAAGAUACGGAUUUCUUGGGGCUAAUAAAACCCUUCAAGAAUGAACUCAGUAUGCCAGAACGAAGUCGUCUAACAAAAUUAAAAAAUAAAAAGAACAUAUUAGUGAAAUUAGCUGAAUCAGAUUAUGGAAUAGACUCCACUUUGUGGUUUAGACUUUAUCCUAAAUUAUUGGAUAUCUUUUUUGAAAGAUGUCCUAUGCCUGUUGCGAUGUGCCGUUCCAUAGUCUGCGUUCGAAUGGUUCAGAUGUAUGAAUUCGUAUUCGAGUUUUCAGAAAGUUACAAAAAUUAUACAAGCUCAUUAUUUGGGAAAUCUAGUACAAACAUCCCUCCUGAAGUAUUAGUAAAUCAAUGGAGACUUUAUUUAAUAUUUGCAUGUUGCUCUUUGACUUCAACAAAUGAACAGAAAAUAUCGUUUCCCUCUCAACCAACCCACGGCAGAAAGAAAUCAAUGCAAAUGUUUAUUCAGCACCAGAAGAUUACUAGUGCUAAAUCAGUGUUCAGGAUGGUUUUGCCAUUUUUAAGAUCACAACAACCGAUGGUUAGAGAUGCUGUGAUUUCAGGGUUGACUUGUAUUAAUAUAAAUAUUUUCAAGACGUUAUUGGAAAAUCUUCCUGAAAGUGUGAAUGAAUGGGAUAUAAAUAGCAAAGUAAGGGAUGCAGCAGAAGACCGCUUGAGAAUUGAAGUUAUUCACAUUUUAUGUAAUAUUACCAAUCGGUUCAAAUCGGAUGUGUUCAUUUACUCAGAUGAGUGGAUGAUUGCUAAUCUAGUUUCAAUUAUAAAGAAUGUUAAAUCAUUUUUGUCUGUUCCUUUAGUACAAACUGACGUCGAAUUUCAAAGGUUACGUCGUUAUUUUUGUGGAUUUUUAGAAAAUGUAUUUAUUGGACUACAAGAUAAUUCAGAUUUGGAUAAAUGGUUACCAUUUGAAGCCAGAAUAGGUUGCUUCAAUUUUUUAAAGGAGUGGUGCGGUGUUGGGGAUUCCGCAGACGUAACUGAAGAUAGGUAUAACACCAUGAUUAAAAGGGUGAAGCAAUUGAAGGAAACAACUUCAACUGUAGCCAUUCUUGAGGUCGAGAAAAAAGCAUUGCAAUUUGCAUCAUUAAGUACUAUGGCAAUUUUGUGCUCCGGCCCCAUAAAGCAAAAGAUAGAAGUAGUUGGUAAGAUUGCUGUAAUGUCAUUUGAUAUUCCAGAAUUAAUGGAUUGGGUUCGUGCAUUGAUUUGUUCUGAUGAUGAGAAAGUAAAUGAAAUGGGUGAGAUGGCUCUCAAAAAUAUUCUUCAAUUGAACUUGAAUAAUGACGAAGUAUAUCAAAAAGUUAUAAGGCAAUGUUAUUCAGGACAAUCAUCACCUAAGGUAACAGUAAGUUUUUUCACAAUUUUUGUUGAUAUAGUUAUGAAAUUUAAGCAGUUUGAUGGAAUUCCCUUCGAUAUUAUAUGUUUGUCAACAGUAAUGAUUGGACAUGAAGAAUAUGAGGUCAGAUUUUCAGCCAUUAGAUUACUAGUAUUCUUAGAAGAAAAGUUUUAUAAUUCUUCCGUUGUUGAUUCAUUUUCGGAAUGUGUUUGCAGCAAAUCAAAGCUUGUAUAUCAGAAAGCAUUAUUUGACAUUUCAACCCAUUUUGCUUCUUUACAUCCUGAGAGUGCAUACAUUAGAAUCAGUCAUUUAACAAUGUUUUUCGAUGACAUUGAUGACUGGUCCAAAAGAAACACUUUGACUUGUUUGCGGCCAUGGAUUCUGACUAUAGAAUUGAAAUAUACCGAAGAUACACAGGAUUUACCUGAUCAGAAUUCUAAAUCUAAAAGUUUAACCAACGAAUUAGAUAUACCAUCCGUUAUGGUUCUAAAUAAUUUAACCGAAAUAACCGUCAAAUUUAGUUCGUCAGUCCUGAACGAAGUGGAGGCCUUAUGGGUAGCAUUGGGAAGUAAUCUAAAUAACUUCGACAAAAUUUUUGAAUUCAUUAUGAAUAAUUGCUUAGAAAGAAAAAACCCAUUGAUGGUUAAAUUAUCAUGUCAAAUUGUUGAUUAUUUAACGUUCUGUCAGCCGAACCCAGUGUCUAUAGUUGACAAAUUUAUGGAGAACCUACAGCCUAAGGCAAUGGUACCAUCACAACCUCUAACAAACUACUUAACUCCUGUUUCUUCACCAGAAUUUCCUUAUAUUUCAAAUUUAUGGGACAUUAUACCCUAUAAUGAAAAGGAUGCAGUUUUUUCUUCAGGGCAAUUAUCAAUGGUAUUUUUGGUUGACGUUUUCACUAUCCAGAACGAUCGUAUGAUAGAACGUCUCCCUCUUUUAUUGCAUGUGGCUUUUUCUUUAUUGGACCAUUAUUUAAAUAUUGUACAGGAACUGGCAGGCUCUUUGUUAAUUCACUUGAUACAUACAUUGGCACCUAAAGAACCUAAAUCGGCUGAAACAAUUGAAGCACUUAGACAAAGAGACCACUUCAAGUAUCUAUGGGUUUAUGACGAUUUGAACAAUGACAAAAAAGGCGCUAGAACGCCAAAGAAUAUGGAUUUAUUAGCACGCAAUAUCCUAGAGAUUUUGACGCCUGUUGUUCCUACCCUUCAAGAUGAUUGGAGCAGAGUGUCGUUACAUUGGGCAACCACUUGUGCUGUUAGACAUAUUGCGUGUCGUUCAUUUCAAAUAUUCAGAUCUCUACUUUCGUUUUUAGAUCAAGGUAUGCUCAAGGAUAUGUUGCAUCGUUUGUCCAAUACAAUUUCCGAUGAGACAUUGGAUAUACAGGGAUUUGCGAUGCAGAUUCUUAUGACUUUGAAUGCCAUAACUGCUGAAUUAAACUCGGAAAAGCUUAUUGAUUUCCCCCAAUUAUUUUGGUCGAGUGUGGCGUGUUUAAGUACGGUUCACGAACAGGAAUUUGUGGAGGUUUUAUCAACGAUGUCGAAAUUUGUAUCUAAAAUCGAUUUGGAUGCGCCAGAUACUGUAUCUUGCUUGAUUUCAACUUUCCCACCUAAGUGGGAAGGUAAGUUUGAAGGUUUACAACAAAUAGUUAUGGUUGGAUUACGUUCAGCCACUGCAUGGGAAGCCUCAAUGAAAUUCCUUGAUAAAUUAAAUCAUUUGAAAGAUAGUGAGAUUAUCGGCACAGGCGAUUCCAGACUCUUGAUGUCAGUCCUUGCAAACUUACCUCGUUUCUUACAUGCAUUAGACCAAAAGACAAUAAGUAAGGAUAUCGAAGAAACGGCAAAUGUCAUAAGUAAGAUGGCCGAUAACUGUGGUAAACCUGCAUUAGCAAGAAUUUUAGUUUCAUUAUCAAAGAACAGAUUUAGAUCGAAGAAAGAUUUCUUAGUACAAACGGUGUCGUCUAUCAACAACAUAUUUUUCCCUGAAUAUGAAGCUCAGGUAUUGGUUCUACUUUUAGGGUUCUUAUCUAACAGGACACCAUGGAUAAAGCUAGAAACGAUGAACUUGUUGAAGCAUAUUUUCCCAUUAGUUGAUUUAGAAAGAGAUGAAUUUGUGGGUGUUGGCGCAGAUCUAAUUUCUCCAUUAUUAAGACUAUUACUAACCGAUUAUGCAGAACCAGCUUUGGAAGUUUUGGAUGAGGCGGUUAUUAUAUCAGGCUCACAGCUAGAUAAAGAUGUAUUAAGAAUGAGUUUAGGCAAUUCAUCUAUGAAAAAGGAGUAUGAAAAAACUGCUACUUUGUUUGGUAUUCCUGAAGAAAGCGGAUGGGCAGUUCCAAUGCCAGUUGUCACUGCAGCUAGUACUCGUAACAAUGUUCAUGCCGUUUUUUCAACAUGUACUGAAACUACAUAUGUUGAUGAAAAUGACGAAGAAAGUGAUGAUGACGAAAAUAUUCAAUUCCACAUGGAAGAUUAUUAUGCACCUGUUGUUGAUCAUGGAGAUGCUGCUUCAGCAAGUGUAGAGGAACCCGAUGCAUCAUUGAGUAACAUGUGGGCGGCUUUGGAUGAUUUUGAUUCUUUUUUCACAAAGGAUACAGACCAGAACGGCCCAGUGUCAAUAAGUACUCUUGCAGCCGUUCGGGAUUCAUACAACCAUCAUAUUCAUAGUGCUUCGAUUGACACGAAAUAUAGCAAUUCUAGUGAUCCUACAACAUUUAUGGAUUCUGCUCCUCAGGUUUAUGAUAAUAAGGCAUCACUCAUUCUCAAUAGAAGUUUAGCAAGGACUAAAUCUAAUACUUCGUUUAAAAAUAAUUUGGCAGACUCGAUUGGAGCAAGUGAACAUGUCAGUCCCGGCGCAUCGACAAUGUAUAAAAAAUCAUACAUCCCUUUCAGACACAGUAAGCACCCCAUAAAGACAAAAAAUGAAAGUUACGUUACCCCAAAGAUGCCUACAUCAUCAACAUUUGAUCCGGAGUAUACUUUAUCUCCCAAAUCUCCAUCCUUGAGUAAUUCAACUCUUUCGCCUUAUGAAGACGACGCACAAUCCCCAAUUAUUAAAAAUAUGGAAUCUAGUCCCAAUAUCAAUGAAGCACCUACAAGGUUUGAGAAUUUAAUUGGUGGGAGCAAGAGGAAAUCAAAGAAAGCAAAUAGAUUUUCACCAAAUUAUAACAGUGCUACAGCUUCCCCAAAUGUACCUCAUCAUUAUUGGGGUUCCAAUAAGCAUGCUGACGCGAACCUCGUAAGUAACCUGUCUACUCCAUCCAGCUCAACUCAAACAGGCCAACGCUCUACUCAAAAGUCUAAAGACAGGAAAAAAAGGGUCGCUUAA